CAUCAUCCACCUUCCAACCACUUCUUGACUUUCAUCCAUCAAAUUAAAGGCACACUGUCCACUUUCCAACUCGAAGCUCGCUUACAAUUCUGCCAUGGGUCUUCGAUCGAUGAUUUUUGGGCCUCCUCAUGUGCCGGCUGUUCCUACCGAUCGUAUCGUUCCCUUACGCUACUGGGAUGGCAUUCCACAUAUACGCGCAUUUGCUCAUGACAUUACCCUUCGUUUCGAUGAUGUACUGAGUCUGUUAAAGCUAGAAGAGUCGUUACAUGCAUUGUAUCAGAUUGGAAAUUGGGGACAGCUAGGGGCUCGGUUGAGGUUAAACCCUACAGGAAAGCUCGAGUACCACAUCCCAGCCCAAUACGAUGACGCCCGACCAGCAUUCAUCUUUACGGCAAUGGAGCAUGGCACAAGUAUCAACAAUCACCGACUGGGCUUCCAGCUCCCACGGACAUCAUCAUCCCAGGAACCCUUCCUGGCGCCAUGCGCGGCAGAGUUCGGACCCUUGGUUCGUGACCGCGAGUCUCCACGAUUCCUGGAAGACUGGCUUGACUCCGACCUUCCGCAACUCAAGAUCCAUGUAGUGUUAUUUGAUGAUGCGACCUUACUGACGAUCACUUAUCCGCAUACGCUCAUGGAUGCGGUCGGGCGCGCAUCAUUCUUGCGAGCAUGGACAGCAGUUCUACAAGGACACCCAGAAGAUGUCCCAACCCUCCAGGACCUGUCCGAGGAUCCGCUAGCCUCUCUCGGGGUCGAGAAUUCAGGAUUAAGCUAUAUUCAUGCCGAUCGGGUUCUUCAUGGACUAGGACUUGUCAGAUUUGGACUGCGUCACAUGUUUGACCUUUGGUUCCACCGCGCGGAAGAUCGCGUCCUUAUCCUACCCGGUCAAUUCGUGGAUCGAAUGAAACAGCGGGCGCUGAAGGAACUUCUUGAUUCCGACACCUCGUCACCUGUCUAUCUUAGCGAAAGUGACGUGUUACUUUCCUGGUGGGUGAAGAGCGUGACCCGAGCUCUGGAAUUGUCACCGGAUCGAACUAUCAUGUCGAUGAACAUGUUUGAGGUUCGGGGUUUGUUCGACGACUGGUUCCCCGCCGGCAGUGCUUACAUUGGCAAUGCAAUAUUUCCUUCCUACACCUUGCACUCUGUGCCAGAUGCUAUAGGGGGGAGUCUCAGUGCACUAGCGUUUGAGAACCGCCUUGCGCUGAGUCAACACCGUACCAAGGACCAGGUGCAUGCAUUAGCGUCUAUACAGCGACGCUCGCUGUUGCAGACGACACCUCUGGUCGGCGAGUCGAAUCUACUGUUCAUGGCCUGCACAAAUCAUCACAAGGCUCGCUUUUUCGAGCUGGACUUUUCGUGUGCUGUGGUCCGACCGGGGAUUCCCUUGACAGAGCGGGCCAACCAGUUAGGGCGGCCGUCGUAUGUGAACAAUAUUGAGCACUGUAGUGGGUACCCAACAACAAAUGUGCUGCGGGUUAUAGGGAAGGAUGCCGCAGGGAACUGGUGGCUGUCAUGCACUCUGCGAGAAGGAGUCUGGGCUAAGAUCAGCGGGGAGCUGAAGGCUUUGGUGGAGUCCAACAAUGCCUUGGAAUCUUGAUUAGGCCCGAGUGCUACCUCGAUCGUAAGGCCAGAGGUUUCUUGAUUAAAGAGUUGUUAUUGGUCGAGGGGAGUUCUAGGGCUAACGGAACAGUCCAUGUUAUCGAUGAUCGCAAAUCGCGUGUCCCGAUUGGGCUUGAUCACACGAGAGCUAGCUUACCUUUCAACGCAUGGUCCUUCCAUAUAUAGCUUAGUGGAGACACUAUUGACUAAUAGUACAGUGCGCUACCCACCGAUGCAAGGGAAGCAUAUGUUCAUGAAAAGUUGGUCAUUCCUUGAGAAUGAUGAUCAAACACACUCGAGCGAUCCCCAAUCUCCGCGAGCCAUGAAGUGUGCUAGCUGAGGAAUGCUUUACAGCAACUUCCGGGAAUUACUGCGCGCCGGUGCAUUGCAUACAGCACUAGUGUCUUCAUUCCAUGUGAC